CGAAAUUUAGCAGGGUUGGGAGGCUUUUUGCGAAACUUCCUUAACCCUAAGUACUAGGGUAUAUAUAAGACUCUCUAGUAAAGAUCAGGACCCCGCGAGUGCCUCGUAUGUACGGGGAUAGUCGAUUCGUCGUGUUAGUUCUUGUGUAGAAAGCUUCGGCCUUCACGGUUUAACACGGAGUGUUUAUGAUGGCGGUCUGUUCCUCUCUGUUUUGACAAACAAGAGUGAGCGAGGUGAGCUGGUGAUCCAGGGAAGUUCGCCUCUGCAGCACCAUCGGCGGGAGUAGCAGCUUUAGCGGGAGAGGAGUUAGAGGCCGUCGUCUUGCGACCAGGGACGUGAUUUCCUUAUUUGUCUUGUAAAUCUUGCCUAGUUCUCUUGCGGCCUUUGGCUUUGAUUGGAGGUUGUCACUUUGCGUUGCGUGCCUCGUUCAAGAUGUGUGCUCAUCAUUUCCUUCUUCUCUUCUUCUUAAAGGUGCUAACGGUGACGUUUGAGCGUGCGGUGGAUUGUGCGACUUUUGGAGAAACUCUGCAUUGGUUUGGGGAAAGAAGAAUGACAAUUGCAGUGUUCACCGGGAUGAAGAACAAAGAUUUAGAGUGGUUCUUAAGAAAUUACAAAAGGGCAUGUAUAAGGACUAGAAGUAGAACUUUUGAAAAGUAGUUUACAUAUUUUCUAGAGUUUAUGGAAGGAAGAGUGUCUCAAUGGUAUGAAAGACAGUCAGAUAUUACUAAGUUAUCUUGGGAACAGUUGAGUGUAAGAUUUAUUAUCGGGUUUCGAAAGAAAGACUCGUACAAGACACUCAUAUGUGAGCUGAGUCAAGCAAAACAAGAGUUGGAGUAAAAGAUGAAGGGUAAUGUAAAAUUUGUUAGAUCUAAUAAUUCAAAGCAUGCAUGCCC